AUGAAGGCGGCAGCUGACCAACAGCAGGAGGAGCUGUCCCCCAUGAGGGUGGCAGCUGACCAACAGCAGGAGGAGCUGUCUCUCAUGAAGGCGUUGGCGGCAGCUGACCAACAGCAGGAGCUGUUUGCCAUGAAGGUGAUAGCUGACCAACAGCAGGAGGAGCUGUCCGCCAAGUUGGCGGCAGCUGACCAACAGCAGGAGCUGUCUACCAUGAAGGCGCAGGAGGAGCUGUGUGCCAUGAAGGCGGCAGCUAACCAACAGCAGGAGGAGCUGUCCGCCAUGAAGGUGGCAGCUGACCAACAGCAGGAGGAGCUGUCUGCCAAGUUGGCGGCAGCUGAUCAACUGCAGGAAGAUCUGUCUGCCAUGAAGGCAGCAGCUGACCAACAGCAGGAGGAGCUGUGUGCCAUGAAAGCGGCAGCUGACCAACAGCAGGAGGAGCUGUCCGCCAUGAAGAAAUCUGACCUCUCCUCAGAAUUCUUAGUCAAACAGGGGUCCAAGCUGAACCAGCCAAAUCAGCUGCCCUCACAAUCAAAGGCCUUAAACCCCAUCAAAGGGGAGGUGCGAAGCGACGCAGGUUGGAGACGGACUCUGAGGGAGUCUCAACCCAUCCCAAACCAGUUCACACACUUUAAGGUACCAAAGAAACCUGAAAAUUUUGAGAAUGAUAACCAGCUAGUUAGGGCACUGGAAAAGGAAAGGCAAAUCCGCCUAUCAAUCCGAAUUGCCAGAGACGAGGGCAUGAUCAUCGGGCCCAAAGAGAAAGCCUCCCUAAGUUUCCUGCAGGAAACCAAGGGAACCCCAAUCACCACCCUUAAUCUGGGUAACUGGCGCUCGUAUAAGCUCAGGACAUACAUGCCAGAGCCCUUGAGGUGUUUCACAUGCCAAACAUUUGGGCACCACCAGGCCAACUGCAAGGCCAAAGCCAAAUAUGGUGUGCAGCAAGGCAUAUGA